GUUCUGGAACUAUUAAUUCAGAAGGAUGGAGCAUUCCAAGAACUAAUACAAGUGUCAUUGGAGCAAGGCAAAGUCCAUGAGGAGAUGCAACUUUUGGAAAAAGAGGUGGAAAAAAGAGAUGCUGAUAUUCAGCAACUACAGAAGCAACUCAAAGAGGCCGAGCACAUACUUGCAACUGCUGUGUAUCAAGCCAAAGAGAAGCUAAAAUCUAUUGAAAAAGCAAGAAAAGGUGCCAUCUCAUCAGAAGAACUGAUCAAAUACGCACACCGGAUAAGCGCUAGUAAUGCUGUAGCAGCCCCACUAACCUGGGUACCAGGUGAUCCACGGAGACCCUAUCCCACUGAUCUGGAAAUGAGGAGCGGGCUUUUGGGUCAACAAAGUAAUCUUUCAACUAAUGGGAUGAAUGGACAUCUGCCUGGGGAUGCACUGGCUGCAGGGCGAUUACCAGAUGUACUUGCACCCCAGUAUCCAUGGCAGUCAAACGACAUGUCUCUCAACCUGUUGCCUCCAAACCACAGCAAUGACUUUAUGCUGGAGCCUCCUGGACACAACAAAGAAAAUGAAGAUGAUGUUGAAGUUAUGUCAACUGAUUCUUCAAGUAGUAGUAGUGACUCUGACUGAAGUAAAAAAAGAGAGCAACAUAGUCUAAGGCCCAUGAAGAACAUGCUUAUUCCUCCAAUACUGCUGAAACAUAACUGAUAUGAACAUACAAAGAAAUUGUAUUUUGGAGAUAAGAGGAUCUUGUAUUCUUCAAGUAUGAAGUACAGCUAUGUGUGUACUAGUCUCCAGUGAUGGAUUUAGUGUAAUGUAAUCCAAUUUAAUUUAAUAAUAGGGGUUGAUAAUCACACCAAAGUUUACAAACCUCUAUGAAAAUGUCAACAAAUGUGGCUAACAACACAGUGUGUACUUGCGUUAUAGGUUAUUAUCAGUGUAAGAAUAAUAUUUUGUCACUGGUGAGAGAAAUCUAUGGCUUUUGAGUACGAGUGAGUAUUUGAUUUCUAGGCUUCAUAGGAACUGGAGCAGGAAACAAGUAACAAUAUGUCAACUUAUUAUCUGAGGACUUUCUGAAUAAAGAGAAAAUAGCAAAGCUUUAAAACUUAGCUUUAGACAUGCAAUUUACUGAGUACAAUUAAAUGCAUUUCAACAAAGUUUUAGUCUUAAAAGCAGAUGUGAAGUGGAGUUGUUUCUAUGUGUAACAGAAUAUCUUCAAGCACAGUCAUGUCAUCUCUGACACUUAAAUUUGAAUCCCAGCUCAAACUGAUUGGAUCAAAGUGCUCUUUCUGCAGGCUCUAUGAGUACUAAAAAUAGUGAACUAGUGCAAGAAGGUGUGGACCACAGCACAAAAUUACUCAUAGUAGAUAUAAAUUAUUAAACAAGAAGACUGCUAUGGAAAAUGAAAAAAUGCACUGUUUUAGUAAAGGAUGAUUACUGUAGAGUAGAGGGAGUUUAGUCAUCAAGCCAUGGUAAAUGAUUGAAACGGUAGAAAUGUUGCAUUCUUCAGCACGAUGCCUCAUUUUAAUUAGCCCCAAGCAACACCUCUUUAGAUUGAGAGCAGCUAAAGCAAUUCUAUUGUGUUGUUAAAAUACCUGUACACUAUAAUGCAAACUAAAAUUUUUGUACACAGUUUACUAUUUUUUUCAGGUGUAAAUUUUUGUAAUUUAAAA